CAAUGGCAGAUGAUGAUAAUCAAGUAAUUCAAUUUGAAGCAGAUGACUAAGAUUAAAAUGUAAUCAAGAAAACUAUUUAAAUAGGAUAAUCAUUAAUAAAAAUCUCCUAUUGAAUAAAAACAAGAUGAAUAAGUUAAUAAUUAUGAUUAAAACUAUAAUCAAGUGCAAGAACCCUAAUCUAAUGAUCUAAAACCAUUAGAAUCUGAAAAAUAACCCAUUUAACUUGCUCCUGAUGCUGAAGAAGGGUUUUUCAAUAGAAUUAAAGGAUGCUCUUGUAGGAGACAAGCUGAUGAAAAAACAGAAGAAAAUAAUGAUGGAUGCAUUGCAAAAUUAGAUAGAUUUAUUUAAAAAUACUUCACUCCCACAUAUUUACUUUUAGUCUACUAUUCUGUAUUUUCAACAGCAUUACUUUUUUCACUUAAAUUGAUUAUUUAAGAUUAAGAUCUAUAUCAUGUUGAAAUUUUGGGGGUAUUUUUAAUUUAAAUAAAAUUAGGGUUUAUUUCUAUUAGUUCAAAUUUCGAAAGGUUUGCUAAUCUAUUUUCUGAACGAAGAAUGGCUUGAUGAAUUACCUUAUUUGGAUAGUUCAUUUGAGAAUGGAUGGAGAUUGUUUAAAAUAACAUUCUUUAUUAUAACUAAUUUAGAUAUUUGUUAUUGGAUCUAUUACAUUUAUGUAUAAAAUAAAAAAGAUAGUACAAUUGAACAUAUGAUGACAUUAUGUAGAAUGCUUGAUGCAUUAUUCUUCAAUUUCCCUUUAAUGAUAGUGUUUUUCUAUCUUUAAAUGCAAGACUUAGAAAAUAUUUAAAUACCCUAUUUAGUUAUUGCAGGUCUUAAUUUAUUAUCAAUAGUUAAUGGAUUCAUGCAUUUAAACUUUUUUGCUGGAAGUUCCUUCUUAAGUAUCAGAUGGAGUAUUUAACUUAUUUGUGAAUUGUAUGUAAAACUUCUCUUAGUUGAGUCAGUGUAUAUAUAAUUGUCAGAAUUUAACAUUUAAUUAGAAUACUUUGGGUUAUUCUCCCUAUGUGGCCUUAUAUAAUUUUAUUUAUUCUCUGAAGAUCAAGAUAUGAUUGGAUAAUUUUUAUCUAUAAUCUAUUUCUAAUUGAAAACAUUCUUUGUUAUCACAUUCAAAGAAGAAAGCUUUGGAAUGUCAGAUUUAGAUUGCGAUGCAUAACCUGGAAUUCUAAAUAUUCUAGUCCACAAAUCAACGUAUGAUUUACAUUUUAUUUAGUUAUUCAUAUAUUUAGAAAGCAUUUAAUUUUUUUUAAAUGAUAUCCCUUGCAUUUAUUUUCUGGCUCUUUGGUGGAUGGGAUAUUAUAAUGACAAAUUAGAUAUUAGUAUAUCUGUACCUAGUAGGUUUAGGAUGCUUAGGUAUUAUAAUAUUGAAUUUGCUAUAUAUUGUUCUAAGUGGAUGGAAGAAAAACAUGGUCAAACCUUGAAUUAUAUAUUUUAAUAAAUAUUUUUAUUUAAACCUUAUUAAAUNAAAAACAGAAGAAAAUAAUGAUGGAUGCAUUGCAAAAUUAGAUAGAUUUAUUUAAAAAUACUUCACUCCCACAUAUUUACUUUUAGUCUACUAUUCUGUAUUUUCAACAGCAUUACUUUUUUCACUUAAAUUGAUUAUUUAAGAUUAAGAUCUAUAUCAUGUUGAAAUUUUGGGGGUAUUUUUAAUUUAAAUAAAAUUAGGGUUUAUUUCUAUUAGUUCAAAUUUCGAAAGGUUUGCUAAUCUAUUUUCUGAACGAAGAAUGGCUUGAUGAAUUACCUUAUUUGGAUAGUUCAUUUGAGAAUGGAUGGAGAUUGUUUAAAAUAACAUUCUUUAUUAUAACUAAUUUAGAUAUUUGUUAUUGGAUCUAUUACAUUUAUGUAUAAAAUAAAAAAGAUAGUACAAUUGAACAUAUGAUGACAUUAUGUAGAAUGCUUGAUGCAUUAUUCUUCAAUUUCCCUUUAAUGAUAGUGUUUUUCUAUCUUUAAAUGCAAGACUUAGAAAAUAUUUAAAUACCCUAUUUAGUUAUUGCAGGUCUUAAUUUAUUAUCAAUAGUUAAUGGAUUCAUGCAUUUAAACUUUUUUGCUGGAAGUUCCUUCUUAAGUAUCAGAUGGAGUAUUUAACUUAUUUGUGAAUUGUAUGUAAAACUUCUCUUAGUUGAGUCAGUGUAUAUAUAAUUGUCAGAAUUUAACAUUUAAUUAGAAUACUUUGGGUUAUUCUCCCUAUGUGGCCUUAUAUAAUUUUAUUUAUUCUCUGAAGAUCAAGAUAUGAUUGGAUAAUUUUUAUCUAUAAUCUAUUUCUAAUUGAAAACAUUCUUUGUUAUCACAUUCAAAGAAGAAAGCUUUGGAAUGUCAGAUUUAGAUUGCGAUGCAUAACCUGGAAUUCUAAAUAUUCUAGUCCACAAAUCAACGUAUGAUUUACAUUUUAUUUAGUUAUUCAUAUAUUUAGAAAGCAUUUAAUUUUUUUUAAAUGAUAUCCCUUGCAUUUAUUUUCUGGCUCUUUGGUGGAUGGGAUAUUAUAAUGACAAAUUAGAUAUUAGUAUAUCUGUACCUAGUAGGUUUAGGAUGCUUAGGUAUUAUAAUAUUGAAUUUGCUAUAUAUUGUUCUAAGUGGAUGGAAGAAAAACAUGGUCAAACCUUGA